AUGCUACGUCGCUCGCCAAUACCUGCCUUUUCCACUAGGCUUUUCUGCCUAACCAUUCCAAUGCAAGUUAAGGGCUGCGUCAAUUUCUGGUCAAGAUAUUCCCACAGUAUUCGGCGGAGUAUCUCCGGCCGGAAUCAGCUCUCAGGAAUUGCAACCACAUACCAGGACAUUCUGCCACAAGAACUACCGGGAGAUAUCGGGCAACUUCCACACUGGGAAUGGCUGCUGAACUGUGCCACAUCGCCUGCUAAAGAAGACCAAGGGAAAGGAAAGCAGGGACGUCAGGAGAGUAAAGCCGAGAAUUGGCUGGUGAACUAUCGACGGAAUUCAAAAAAGCCAAAGGGCGAACCAGGCAGAUACGUCAGCACGCGUGUUUUGGGUCUGGGAUUCGACGAUGGCGACCUGGCUGGUCGACUUCUGCUGCAUAUGUUUGACAGUGAAAGGGAGCCUAGCUCGAAUAAUAAGUAA